UUCUCUUCUUCGGAGACGUGUGUGUUUAUUUUGUUGCUAUUUAUUAUUAUUUAUUUAUUUAUACACACGCCAGACAAACAAGUAAAGCACUUUUUUCGCACUUUAUUUUUGCUUUUAUUGCACACGCAUUUCGCGCGCACACUAAACAAAUAAAAAUUAUGUAAACAAGAAAUAUUUGGUAUAAUCCAAUCCAACCAGCAUCAGCAACUACAAUAGACACCAAAUAAAUAAUAAAUUAAGUACCUAGAAAAACUAGAAUUCCUAGAGAUAACGCUUAACAAAGUACCUAGCCUACCGCCACUGCCCCAAACAAUAGACACAAAAAAAAAGACCACAAUUCCAUGGGUAGCACUUGCUUACUUUUUGCUUGGUCGUGGUAAUUAAAACAAACAAACUAGCAAAAGCAAUGUUAAAGUUCUAUAAUUUAAUUAUAGAAAUGAAAAUUGUUGAUCUAUUGAUUAUACGAGUAUGAAACAAUUAUUGUUGAGUUGAAUUUGGUUGGUCAGUUGUUGGGUUUGUCUUCUUGCAGAAGUGCUCCUCUCUUUAAUUUUAUUUAAUUUGAGCAGACAAACGCUUUUUAAUAAAAAUUAAUUAAGAUUAUGGCGAUGAUAUGGCAUCAAAAAGACUGAUGCAUCGUUUAGUUGCAAGAGGAUUGCUUUUAGCUACGCUAACUCUCGUAUGCUUUAGUGAAAUCCUUAUCUAUCAUAUUAAUGAAUGGUCUUGGAAGCAAAUUUAUUGCAGACAGGAAAAUUGCACUCGCAUAUUAUUUGUGGCUGAUCCACAAUUACUGGGCAAAACAUUUGAUACCUCGUGGUACAGUGCUUUAGCAAGAAACGAUGCUGAUAGAUACUUAAAGAAAACAUUCGAACAUGCUAGUGCAUUUACAAAGCCAGAUAUUGUUUGCUUUAUGGGUGACUUACUCGACGAGGGUAACAUUGCAUCCCCACAACUUUAUUCUACAUACGUAAGAAGAUUCAAAAAUAUCUUUCACGCUAAUCAAAAUGUUCAACGAAUACACAUUCCCGGUGACAACGAUAUUGGUGGAGAAAACGGCGACUACAUAUCAAAUUCGAACAUACGCCGCUUCGAAAUCGAAUUCAUGUACCAAGAUCUCUUCGACUAUGACAAUCGAUUGCGAUUCUUCAAAAUAAAUCGCAUGGUUAUGGACUUCACCAAUCCUGACCGAGACAAUAAUAUGGACCGUACUCGAAUUGGCCUCUCACAUAUGCCCCUACUAAUGUCCGGAGGACCAUUACUACGUAAUGUUCUCUCCGACAUAGAUCCACACGUAAUGUUCUCUGCUCAUUGGCAUGAAUCUCGAAUAUUUUUAUAUCCCUCAACAAAUUCCAUUCAUUUCUAUCAGAAUGAAAUCCGAACAUUCGAUUUGAACGAAUUAAAAAACGAACAUACAUAUCUCGAAAUAAUGAUACCAACAUCCUCAUAUCGCAUGGGUAAGCCUCGAAUGGGUUAUGGCUUUGCUGUUUUGGAAAACAAUAUGCUUUAUUAUACUGUCCUCUGGGGUAAUAAUCGAUUUAUUUGUCUUAUAAUUUAUGUUAUAUGGACGGUGUGUGCGAUUACAAUAUAUAUUCUUGUUAACAUGAUGACACGUUGUCCCUUCCGAGUUGCCAAACGACAUACACAACAUAGAUACUGUACUAUACCUCAAUUUUAGAUCCUAGUCUAUAUUAUAUAAAAAUUAUAUAUAAUCAUAUCGUGUUCUCGAAUCUCGAAUGGAACAAAACCUGUGUUUAAAUGUAAUGAUUAGAUUUAAUUCUGAAAAUGAUUCUAUAAUAUGUAGGACUUAGAUAAUCAUAUCGUAUAGGUAUAUUCGAAUUUAAUUAAGAAAAUAAUUAUUCCCCACAGAGAUAAACUACUUACAUAUAUACAUUUAUAUACAUUUAUCCACAAAAAAAGACUACCAUUACCCACUUAAUCGCUCCUUUUAGCGAAACGUUUACACAUUUAAAAUAAAUAGGAGAGAAAUUUUACGUUAUUAGAAAAGUUAAUUAUAUAUUUUAUAGGGCUAAACGUUAUAAUCUGAGAGGUUAAUGUAGGUUUUGAAAAAAUAAGCAUUUCAUGUUUCAAUACUUGCAUUGAGUUUGUAGUCAAUAGUUUUUUUUUAUAGAAAUUGGUUUGUUAUACAUAUUUAUUGAUUGUGUUGUAUUUUAAAGAAAUGUUAACGUUCUUUUACAUAAAAUAUAUUUUUAAUUUUUAAGAAUAAAGUUAAAUUUAACGAAAG